AUGGCUGCCACGCCUGAUGGAGACUUCGACUCCGAUAGUCCUCUAGAGUCUCCCUCUCUCGAGUCGCCAUCCCUAUCACCAGCAUCCGAACUCGCCCCCGAUGUUUCUCCAGCCUCCCCCACAUCCCUCGAUCCCGCUCGAACAGGUCCGCGAUCGAUAUCCUCGGGAGGUCUGCCGACAAGUUCAAUGACCCAGUCCUCUACACCGCUAGGAAACAUCAAUGCCGCGAGGAAUCCUCGCGCAAAUGCCCCCACCAUCUCGAGCAGAGGUAGUGGUCUCAAUGUGUCGCAAGACAUCCUCGCCCGAAUCCAAGCAGUCCACCUCGGCCGACAAAACAAUCCUCCCCCCGGCGGUUCAGCAAGACCGCCUCUCAUGUCUCCCGGCGGCGCUGGUGCUCCAAUGAUGGGUAGGCCCAGUCCAGCUUCACCUGGAGGGCCCAUGAUGGCGGGAGGCGUGCCAGCCAACUUCCGAAUGCCCCCAGGUGGAAAACCUGGCAUUCCCACUUUCCAGUCCGCCCCUGCCGUUCCCGGUGCACGUCCAGGAGGUUCAAAGCCAUCCCUCGCAGAAAAGCGUGGCCUCAAACUUCCUGGAGGCUUGCCUGGCGCAAGUCCUGCCGGCCCCGCGCCUAAGAAGAAGCCAGGCUUGACACUGGCACAGUUGAACGGUGACAAUGGCGCUGCGUCAAGUCAGCCUCCGAAGCAGGAGACAAUGAUGGACAAGUACGCCGAGUUCCUCGAUCAGAAGACGGGUAGUCUCCGUUUCAAGGGAAAGGCAGUACUGAACAGUGAGGGCGUGCAGUUUGCCAGUGGCAUCACUUUCAACAUAUCACUAGACGAAGUAGAUACGCUCGACGAACUGGGUAAGGGUAAUUAUGGUACCGUGUAUAAAGUACGACACAGCCGACCCCGAAUGCGCAAACCCGGACAAGGACUCGCUGGCAACAAAGCGUUACCAGGUUCCCCUACUAGGAAAACCGCCGAUGGAGAGAGCCCGACAUCCGCAAAGCCUUUGGGAGGAACCGGAAUCGUCAUGGCCAUGAAGGAGAUCCGACUCGAGCUGGACGAUGCCAAGUUCGCGGCGAUCAUCAUGGAGUUGGACAUCCUCCAUCGCUGCAUAUCCCCCUAUAUCGUUGACUUUUAUGGCGCUUUCUUCCAGGAAGGAGCGGUGUACAUCUGCAUGGAAUUCAUGGACGGUGGUUCGAUAGACAAGCUGUACGGUGACGGCAUUCCCGAGAAUGUCCUGCGCAAGAUCACGUUGGCGACAGUUAUGGGCUUGAAAUCACUCAAGGACGACCACAACAUCAUACACCGAGACGUCAAGCCAACCAACAUCCUCAUGAGUACUCGGGGUCACAUCAAGAUUUGUGAUUUCGGAGUGAGUGGAAAUCUCGUCGCAAGUAUCGCGAAGACGAACAUUGGAUGCCAGAGUUACAUGGCACCCGAGAGAAUCUCAUCAGGCGGAAUGUCUCAACCAGGUGCCAGUGGCGGUACAUACAGCGUUCAGAGUGAUAUCUGGAGCUUAGGACUUACCAUUAUCGAAUGCGCCCUGGGUCGGUACCCAUACCCUCCGGAAACAUACAAUAACAUCUUCAGUCAGCUCAGCGCUAUUGUGGAUGGUGAACCCCCAGAUCUACCGGAAGAUGGGUACUCGGACGCAGCACGAAACUUUGUCCGCGGUUGCUUGAACAAGAUCCCGAACCUACGACCAACAUAUGCCAUGCUCCUCCAGCAUGCAUGGCUCGCUCCUCUGGUGAAACCGAACACUAUUACGGAGGAGGACGAGGAAGAAGCCGAGGCGGGAGGCAAUGCCCAGCCCACAGCAGACGGGGCAGAGCAGGCGAGCGAGCCCGAGCCCGAGCCGCUGAACGCGGAAAAUGCCGCCGUGGUGAUAGAUCAGGAAGUGGCAGACUGGGUCAAGGACGCGGUCGAGAAGCGUAAGAAGGGAAUCCUAGGCAAGGCACCAAAGCCUGCAUUGCACGCAGCACCUCUUGACGCCGUAUCGAGUCCUUCGGGCGCAGGGGUGAAUGGACUAGACCUACCACCCGCUACAGAAACCGCCGCCUAA